GGGAGCUUCUAUAUACGCGGGGCUGCGGCGGCGGUGGGGAGCAGAGUCCUGCCCGGAGCCAUGCGGGGCCGGGGGCUGCUCUGCGGCAUCGUCCUCUCUCUGCUGCUGCAGCCGCCGCGCCGCGCAGAGGCUGGUGGCACCGAGCCGCAGCCCGCCGUGCUGGUGCCGAGCUGGGACGCGCCGCGGAGCCCCGGCGGAGAGCAGCAUCCACUCCGAGCUGAAGUUAGGAUACAGGCAGAAGGCCAGGAGCUCAUCUUGGACUUAGAGAAAAACGGAGACCUGUUUGCACCAGGCUACACCGAGACUCACUACAGCCAGACAGGACAAGCACGGACCGUCCCGCUGGCCCACACUGAACACUGCUUUUACCACGGGGUGGUGCGGGGCAGAGAGCACUCCAGCGUGACACUCAGCUCGUGCCAAGGGCUGCGGGGCCUCAUCGUACUGAGAAGCAAUUGCAGCUAUGUCCUGGAGCCGCUUCCCGACAGCCCAGACCAGCACCGGGUCUACAGGCUGGAUGACCUGAGGAUGCCAGCAGGAGCCUGCGGCCACAAGGACUCCAUGGCCACAGGCAGGGACUGGCUUGGGGACUUCACAGCUGGGGUGAAAUUCCACAACCACAGGGUGAGGAGGGAGGCUCAGCAGGCUACGAUGUACGUGGAGCUGCUGCUCGUGGCUGAUUACGCGGAGUUUCAGAAGCAUCAUUUCAACAUUGAAGCAACGAGGCUUAAAUUAGUGGAGGCUGCUAAUUACGUGGAUAAGUUUUACAGGUCCCUGAAUAUCCGGAUUGCCUUGGUGGGGCUGGAGAUCUGGAGUAAUGGGAACAAAUGUGAUUGCACUGAGAAUCCUUACUCCACCCUGAAGUCCUUCCUGGCCUGGAGUAGCAAGGAGCGGGCGUACAGAAAACACGAUAAUGCCCAGCUAAUCACGGGUGUGCCCUUCCAAGGUACCACAGUAGGUUUGGCUCCCGUGAUGUCCAUGUGCUCAGAUUUCCAGUCAGGAGGAGUAAACAUGGACCACUCUGAUAAUGCCAUUGGUUUUGCUGCUACCAUUGCCCAUGAGAUGGGCCACAAUUUUGGCAUGAAUCAUGACUCACCUGGCUGCUGUACCGCCCGUGCAGAGGAAGGAGGCUGCAUCAUGGCUUCUGCCACUGGGCAUCCAUUCCCCAAGGUGUUCAACCAGUGCAACAGGAGAGAGCUGGAAAAGUAUCUGCACUCAGGUGGAGGGAUGUGCCUCUCCAACAUGCCAGAUACCAAGAGGAUGUAUGGAGGGAGGAAGUGUGGAAAUGGCUACUUGGAAGAGGGGGAGGAGUGUGACUGUGGAGAGGUGGAGGAAUGCAAUAAUCCCUGCUGCAAUGCCAUCAACUGCUCCCUGAAGCUGGGUGCUGAGUGUGCCCAUGGCAGCUGCUGUCACGAGUGCAAGUUGAUGUCUCCAGGAACUCUCUGCAGGGAAAAGUCAGGACUGUGUGACCUCCCAGAGUACUGCACUGGCCAGUCACCGUUCUGCCCCUCCAACUCGUACCAAAUUGAUGGGGCUUCCUGCGAAGGAGGAAAGGCGUAUUGCUACAAUGGCAUGUGUCUCACAUACAAAGACCAGUGCUUGCAGCUGUGGGGGCCAGGAGCAUGGCCAGCACCAGACGCUUGCUUUGAGAAAGUCAAUGCUGCUGGAGAUGUCUACGGGAACUGUGGGAAGGAUGUCUACGGGAACUACAGGAAAUGUGAGAAAAGAGAUGCUAAAUGUGGGAAGAUCCAGUGCCAGAGCUCUGCUUCCAGACCUGUGCUGUCCAAUGCCGUGCCCAUAGACACAACUAUCUCCCUGCAGAGGACGCAGGUGAGAUGCCGAGGGACCCACGUGUACAGAUUUGAGAAUGAAGAAAAGGAGAUGCUGGACCCUGCCUUGGUGUUGACAGGAACAAAAUGUGGGAGCCACCAUGUUUGCUUUGAGGGACGCUGUCAGAACACAUCCAUCAUUUUUGAGUCUGAAAGCUGUAGCGCAAAGUGCAAUGGCAAUGGGGUCUGCAACAACAACAAGAACUGCCACUGCAACCCGGGAUGGGCCCCCCCGUUUUGCAACAAGCAGGGGAGGGGAGGAAGCUUGGACAGUGGCCCUCCCUCACCAGAAGGCUCUUCAGCAGUAGGGAUAGCUCUGGCCAUCCUGGCUUCCAUUCUUCUUCUCAUUGGAAUCAUGCUUUUGUUCUAUUAUCUGAAGUGCUGGAACAAACUUGUCAUCUGUUCUCUGAAGAAGCCUCCACAGAUCAGUGACACCUCUGGAAACGGCCAUGCAAACCCUGCCUUCAAGCUGAGAACCCCCCAACAGCAGAGGAAGGUGAUUGGCUUCCCUGAAAUCCCAUCAAAACCUCCUCCCCAACCAGCUCCCUGCCUCCAAAUGAACACGCAGCAGCAGUCUGCAUUCUCCACCAGCUACAACUAUGGUACGAGGGGUCCUGCUGGGCCGGUGCAUCCAGCACUGGCAAAGGAUGUGCCCCGGCGGACCCCCCCGAGCCGGCCAGCCCCUCCAGCUCCCACGUCCCCCAGCUCUCAGGACAUUUCUAGGCCCCGGCCACCCCAAAGAGCUUUGCCAGCCAACCCGGUCCCAAGCAGGUCCAGAGCGCGGCCUGGGGACGGCCCUGCCAUCCCACUGCCUCCUGCUCGGCCUAGGAUCCCAGGACAACUUCAGCCUGUGGCAGAGGUGGGCACCAACGAGGAACAGCACAGCUGUCUGGGGAGUAAUCUUGUGCAGCCAUGGUGCAUGGCAAACAGAAGGGCUGUUGGGUUGGUGGGCUUUGCUGCAGAGGCCGCUGUUUUCACUUGUUCCCUGUUAAACAUUUACUGUGUCAAACAAUACACCUGGUCCUAAUUCUGCAGCAAAACUGACUAAUCCUCAGUGGAAUCAGGCUGCAAGAGCUGCUCAGUGCAGGUGCUGUGAACAGCCAUGCCAUGCUCUGGAACAACUGAUUCACUUCUCCACAUCCCAGGGCGCUUCCUCAGAUUAAGGUUUCAUGUGAAUGGGGCAGAGGGGGUGACGCAAAAAGGUGAGUGAAGAGCAGCAAACCAGGAAGGUCCGGACUUGAGGACCACAGAGAGGAUCAGAAACCUUCUCCAGCCCCUCUGAUAUGCUUUCCCUGAGGAACAAUUCCCAAAAUAAGGACAACAGAUAAGAGACUUUGAGUAGCUGAGUUCAGCUCCCUGCAAACUGAACUUCUUAGCAAAGAAUACCUCCACUCCACACAUCACAGGUGCUGCCUGCAACAUACUUGAAGCUAGAUGUCAAAGUGCAAAUCCUGCACGAACAUCAUCAUGCUGUGGGCAGAGAGUAGCAGUUUCCUACACGAUCCAUUCGGGAAAGUGUGCAGUGUGAGUGAGAACAGCCUUCCUCCGGCCUGCUAUAGCAUCAGGAAAGGUACUGAGCAGCAUUUUCUCUGUCAUCUGUGCUCACCCUUGUCUCUUUUCCCUGUUUUCCAUCUCAUUCAGAACACUGGUGUUGGGACAGCUGGAGCAGCAAACACCUUGAGAAGGGGACAGCCAAGCUCUGGUGCACAGCCAUGAACCGGCCUAUUCCCAACUGGCUCUGACCUUCAUGAGGGACUGGGUGGCCUUCAUCACCCAGAAAAACUUUCAUGGGCCACAGGUUUUUUGUCAGUUCUUCUCCCUUAGCCUUAUCUGUUUCCUAUGUGACUCAAGAGGCUGCAGGCAGGCUUGGCAGGAGUGCACCUGGGAAGUGAGCCGGUACAUGCCAAGCUGAAACCUCCUCUCUCUGUUAAUAGCCUUUUCCUUAUAGGGACACUUUGUUUAUAUGGUAUUUAUAUGUUAUUGUGCAAUAUUCAAUGCAGGGAUGGGGCAAUGUGGGCUUCAUGUGUUUUUUAGCAGUUAUUUAAGUGUUUCCAGGGAGUGCAGGUGAUGGCCUUGAUAGGCUUUCAUCGAUGAACUAGCCCUAUUGGCUUCCUCAGCCCAUCCAGGCAGCUGCAGGAGCAAUCAGUGGUGCUAUAGAGAAACCACUGCCUCUUGGGAGAGCAGGAGGCAGCUGCUGAUAAUUUUAUUCUGUUUAUUCACAGUUUACAGUGGCCAGCAAGCUGGGCCACAACAGAGAGCAAACCAAGGAAAUAUUCCUGGUUAAAGUCACUCUGGAUUUUGGUGACCUUUAAUAGAGCAGAUUCAUUAUUUUCUCCAUAAAACUUUCUCCAGCAAGCCCUCUGCAACCUGUCAGUCUUCCAGCACUCCUUGCCUUGGUGCUGUAGGACCUGACAGCAUCCGCAGCAUGGUCUUUACGUUCUCAUCUGUGUCACUGGGACACAGCCAAGGUACGACUGGGACGCUCUCCGCCCAAGACACGGAGCUAAUGGCCAGAAGGAAGCUCAGCAACAGCCAGUGCUGAAACCUCCUCCCCACCACAUGGUACCACAGAAAAUCAAUUGACACUUGUGCAUGCAUCUCUUCAGGCUUUUGGUCUAUGCUGAGCAGUAAUUCAGCACGAGCUGACUACUCCUCAUACCAGUAAGAAACCUACUCUAAUGUUGACCACGUGGUAAUACAGCAGAAAUAGUAAUCACACAUGGUGCUUUUGUAGGGCAGCUUUGCUUACUCCAAGUUUUUCCUUCUCAAGGGCUUGGAUGGAGAGAGCUGUCCGCGUGCACUUUAAGCAGCUGAUUGAUAGUUCUGACCCUCAGGACCCUCCCUUGUGAAUUUUUUUUUUUCUCCUAAUGGUUUGGGCUUUUUUACAUUUUUUUCUUUUUUUUUUUCCUCAGGAUUUAAAAUAAGACCUUUUUUUAAUGCCAUUUUUAAAGUUAUUAUUUCCUUUUAUUAUUCCUAGGAGAACACAGGGAAUUCUGGAGCUAUGGUCACAAUAACACUGUGUUGUGUCUGAUAUUUCAUGGACAGCUCCUCAAAUAGCGUAAUUGGUGCUGAAUAUGUAAAAAUCAUAUUCUUGGCUUAAAGAAGAAUAUUUUUGUUCUGCUGGUUGUGUUUCCCGAAGUACUAUUAAUUAGGAAAAGCAAAACAACAACAGCUAAAGCCUGAGCACUCAUUAAGCUAUAUGUAACAAUAUAGCUAUAGGAUGACUGAAGCCACAUCAGUUUUUGCAACUUUACUACCUCUUUCUUCACAAGGAAGAAGUAUACAGGAUCUGUCUUGAAUUACUGGUUAAUUAUUCAUUAUCUUGAUCAUUUUGGACCUUUUCUUACCUUCUGUAUGCCUGGAAAACAAAACAACCUAAAUUACUCCUCUCUGAAAUAAGGGACGGCGAGUGAAAGACUUUGCCUUUCUAAUGUUGAUAUAUGUAUAUUCUUUUUCUGUAGAUGGGGUAUUUUACAUAUUAAACCCCCCCAAAAUUUGUUGUUUUACUGCUCAUAGGCAGGGGCCCUGACAUCUAAUUUGCAGUAACUUGGGUGCAUACGGUGCUCGCUGUAGUACAGAUUCAAACAUAGGAACUCCAUCUUAUAUCUGCAGAUAGCAGUAUGUUUCUGCUACAGCCUGUGACCUUCAUCACAUGACCACCAAAAAGAAUGUUUUCAGUGCAUUUCAUGUGAGCAUAGGUUCAAGCUUUUAAAAAAUGUCGCCAGACCCACAAAGCUAAUGGAAAUCCUGAUGGAAUCCUUUGUUACUGGAAUAUUAUAAAAUUUCAAAAAGGUAUGUUUAUGUCCUUCUAAAUUUUCGCAUGUGCACCAGAUGAGUGCAUGAUAACAGGAACUGCAGGAGGAGUAAAAGCUGCUAAAAUAUGGUAUUUUUUUUUAAAGGCAAUGUAACUUGGAAGAACAUAUACAAAAAUACGUCUCACUUUCUUCUACGUCCACAUACUAAAGGUUUACAACAAUGCUCUCUGUGCAUCUAUGCAAAUACUUGAAGAAUGCAAUUCAUUGUGCCUUUUGCCUAGUUUUUAAUAAAUUUGUCAGGUUGUCAUUAACAAGUGUUCUGUUGCUGUGAUAUUGCAUUACUUCAGUCUUUCUUUCUGAAUGUGCCUUUUGUGCAGAGAUGGCAGGAUUUCUGGAGGAAUCAUUUUCCUUAAAUGUAGUUCUAGGCACUGAGAAGGAUGAGGCCUAUUUGCAGCCUAUUUCUAGAAUAAAAUGUGUAAAGCAUUAAACCAAUUAGGAUGCAGAAAUUAAAGCUA